UCGAGGCGUGCACAAAACAGCGCCGCGCCCAAAUAACCUGUCAAGAAUACACUGACUGAUCGCUAUCCAAUGAUCAGAACGUGUCAAAACUCUCGUCUCGUUCGUACCCAGCUCUCCGUAACCGAGUCUCUCCCGUUCCCGUCUCUUUUAAUUUGUAAUCAUCCUCCUCGCUCGUCGCGCAAAAUCUCAUUCUUCCCGCUCGCUCGCUCACUCAACCCGUCUCUCUCUCAGAGGUACUACAGUACGCGUCCACCUUCCUUCAUUCCAAACGCCCCCAAAAUCAUCGGUCCCAAGCUACUGGGAAACUACCAGUACCUAGGUAUGUAUCAUAUAUAUGAGGUAUUGACAUCACCACGCACUUUCAUUUGACUUGAUUUGUUGCUUCGCCUUCGCAUACGUAGAUACCUCCGUCCGUUCUAAUCCAGAACCCUCAGACGUGCCGCACGGUGUCUAGAAGCGGGCAAGAAUUCCAUUUUGUUGUUUGGUAGGUAGGUACCUUCCAUUUCCGCACCCAUCUCUCAACCCUCAAAUAGACCGAGAGAAAUCCUGUUUCCAAUCCAAACAAACCCUGAAGAAGAUUCGCAAAACCCAUUUCUCUUCUCCCCAGGUCCCCUUCAUCUUCUUCUUCUAAGAACUCAAAUCCCAUCUCACCCCAUCUCAUCUCACCCAU